AUGGCCUCACCAUCGAAAGGCGCUGCUGCCGCCGCUGCAUCUAUCGCUUCUAGCGCUGCAGAAACUGUUGCACAGACUUCGGCGGCUGCCGAGACCACCAGUGAAAUAUCUACCACCCAACCUACCACCUCUUCAAUCUCAACAACUUCUUCGUCAACGGCUGCUCCCACCACCACUUCAAGUGAACCGGCUACCACCAGUACCACUACGAGCAGUACUAGUACUAGUAGCGCGCCCACGACUGAGCCUACCACGUCGGCCCUCGAGCCUACGUCUACUUCGUCCACUUCCACGUCGUCCACUCCUUCUACGUCGUCCACUUCUUCCACGUUGUCCACAUCGUCUACGUCGUCCACUUCUUCCACUUCUUCCACUACUUCCACUUCUUCCACUUCUUCCACUUCUUCCACUUCUUCCGCUUCUUCCACUUCUUCCACUUCUUCCGCUUCUUCCGCUUCUUCCGCUUCUUCCACCACCUCCACUACAACCGCCCCGUCCAGCACCUCAAGUGCCGAGGAGACAACUUUUACAUCGACACAGGGAACUACCGUAGUUGUUAUCACGUCCACCCUAACAGCGGCCAACCCUGGUGCCACGUCUACCGCCUCUUCUAGCACAAUCGAUUCGGCCGCACUCUCAACCUCCACUUCAGCAGCGAGCUCCGGCGGUCUUUCUCCCAGCGGCACAAUCGCCGUGGCAGUCGUUGUACCGGUUGUCUCAGUAGCAUUGAUCAUUUUGGCACUUCUCUUCUUCUGGCGUAAGCGCAAGGCCAAUAAGGCGGCUGAGGAGGAGCGCCGCAAGGAAGUGGAGGAGUACGGAUUUAACCCAAACAACGACCCAACUCUUCCUGGCAUCGGAGGCGUUGUGGUCCCCAAGGACAAUGAAUCCUCCGGCUACCGCGGCUGGGGAACCACCUCUGCCGGGCGCAAGGCGUCUACCAACCUCUCCGGCGGAAUGGGUGGCCUGGCCAUGUCGGAAGGAAGCAGCCCCGGUUAUCACCACGGCGCAACACCCAGCGAAGGCACCGUUCAAUAUUCCGAUGGCACCCGCCCCGACUCUGGCGAGAUUGUUGAACCCAUUGGUGUGCUAGGUGGCGCCCCAGUGGCUGCGAACAACCGCAACGGUGACAUCCACCGCGGCCCCUCCAAUGCAUCCUCCGCCUACUCCGCAGCCAACCGUUCUGAUGCAUCGGAGGAAAGCCACAUGUCCGCUGUCCACCCCUCGGCUGGCUACUAUGGUGAGAACCCAUACUACGGCGACAUCAACACGCAUGGCGCAUACGGCGGCGAGGACUAUCAGCCUGUCAUCCGCGAUGUCCAGGCGCGCCGUAAUACCCGCAUUGAGAACCCUGGUGUGUAUCCGCGACAGGGUAAUGCCGGUAUUGCGCAGAACUUCUGA